AUGAAUCGCCAUCUUUUGUUUGCUCUGCAUGUGGCACAAGAGGAUUGUCAUCAUCCACGAAACAAUCAAGAACAUUAUAAUGCCCAAUUUAAAGAGGAAACAAUUUCUGCUUCAUCACCAACGUUGGUUCAAAACCAAACACCUCCACACACGAUGGAUAAUUCUAACGGUUAUUAUUUACAACAAAGUAACGGAGUCAUUUGUUCAAUGAAUGAACAUUUUCAACCUACUUUCUACAAUGACCAAGAAGAAUGGAAUAGAAAAAGGAAAAUGUCAUUGUCUGGAAAUUCAAAUGACUCAACCAAGACUGCAUUGAUGGCUUGUUCCGAUAAGAGUGGUGAGUACCAUACGUUGGUGAGUCAUGAUGGAAUGAGGGUAACCCAAGACCCCAAGACUGUGCGAGAACGGUAUUGCUCCUCCAACAGUAAGAAUCAUGGUGAGAGUAUUGCCAGUCAAUCUCGCAAAAGUAGAAUUGUGGGUGAUUACUCGGGAAUUAUUGCAGACUCUUUGAUGCAAGCCACAACGCAACAACAGCAACCACAAUAUUCCAAUAGCACGGUUGCGCAAUCAUCCCGUGAUGCAGCACUAGUGUCAAAUAUAAUGUCGUACAAUGUAAAUGCUAACCAUGUAAAUAGUAACACUGAGCCACAAUACGGAAAUACUUUAAGCCACGUUGAAAAUUCUCAAUUAAGGGAAUAUCGAGUGGUCAUGAGACAAAAAUUUGGCGAUGGUAUUCAAUUCAUAGGUCAAGGAGGAUUUGCGGCUGUUUUUAAAAUUAAUGAUCAUGAAGUGAUCAAAAUUAUUGAAAUGACUGGAAGAAAACACGAAAGAAAGGAGGAACGAGCUUGCGAGUUCAAUCAUCAUCAUAUUGUCAAAGUGUUCAGUUAUUUAUAUGAAACGCAUACGUUUCAUAAUUGUCUUUGUGAAUACUUGUUACUGAGAAUGCAAUAUUAUCCAUUGGGGAGUUUGAAUUGUUAUCCACAACUCUCCACAUUAAUGCUUUGGAAAGUUAUGAAUCAAAUUGCCCAAGCAUUGCAAUAUUUGUCAUUGUUUAAUAUGGUUCAUCGAGAUGUGAAACCAGCAAAUAUUUUAGUGGAACGUUUGGAUUUUCAACAACAAGACAUUCAUGUUGUGUUGGGUGAUUUUGGAUUGACUCGAGACCUGCAAACAGUGUCUAAUGAAAAUAAUCCAGGAACGAGUGCCUUUAUGGCACCUGAGAUUUUAAACAAGCCAAAUAUUGAUUUUUCCACACUUUCUGAUAUUUAUGCACUUGGAAAAUCGAUUGAAGUGAUGCAACAACACGUCGAAGAUCCAACUUUGAGCAAGUUUGUGAAGCGAAUGACACACCCAAUGAAAAGUGAAAGACCCUCUCUCAGAGAAAUUAUCCACCAUUCUUCCAUGAUGAUUCAUCAACAAAAAAUUUAA